UACAAGCCUGUUAGAAAACAUCCAGACUCAUCAGAAGAGCUUUUACCAGCUGCGAAAACUACACUGUUAUUUUCUUAUAGCUCUUUCUUUUGUGUAUGUUUGUAUGAUUGAACUUGAACUCUGGUUGCUGAGAAUGUUGGGACUUGCUGUCUUGGUUCUGCUGGCUGGCUAUCAACAAUGCGUUUCAGCCACCACUGGCUCUUUGGCUCCACCGGAGUUCCUGCAGCACAAUGGCUCUCUGUAUGCAGUCUGCAAAAUGAGACCCAGCACCUUCCUGCCUGAUGGCCUCCCCAAAGUCUACGGUCACGCUCUUUUCAAGCAGGACCAUCCUCAGGGAAAACUCAAAAUGCUGAUCCGGUUCAGUGGCUUCCCCACAGAAAGCGACCCGGUGCCCAGAGCGCUGCACAUCCAUCAGUACGGAGACCUGAGCCGGGGGUGCGACUCCACCGGGGGCCACUACAACCCUCACGACGUGCAUCACCCCAACCACCCCGGAGACUUUGGCAACUUUAUACCCGAACAGGGGAAAAUCAGCACCAUGAUAGAAUCAGACGCAACACUGUUUGGACCCCUGUCCGUGUUCGGAAGAGCAGUGGUGAUUCACGAGCAGGUGGAUGACUUGGGGCGCGGCGGAGAUGCUGGAAGUCUCCUGCACGGAAACGCAGGCCGGAGGCUCGGCUGCUGCAUCAUUGGAACUUCCUCACCAAAUCUCUGGAAUACGCAGCAGAAGCAGUUGGCAAGACGCCUGAGGUCGAAAUAGUCCUACAGUGAGAGCAUGAAACAUGUCUUGUGUUAUUUUUACAUUUCAAAACAAAGUCAUUGUUUUGUUUAGUCGAAGCCUCGUCACCAAAAACAUUCACAGCAGCUUAUCAAAAGUUGGGAUUUGAAAGUUUUCCCACAACUGUUUUAGCAGCAUCAUUGGUUUUUAUGUCCACAAAACUGAAAUGUUUCAACAAAUUUCAGGCAGAUUUCUAUUAAAUGCUGUUUGUCCAAAAUUGGUUUUUGUGAUCAUUCAUUUUUUAUUCUAGCAUCAUCAGGCUGAUAUGUGUUCUUAAUAACAGGAGUUCCUUUUUUGUAGUCCAUCAUCAGAUCUGUAUUUCAGUCACUUUUAUCCUAAUUAGUCAGCCCUGUAAAUAUGCUUACCCUGUCUAGGCUUGAAAACUUCGUGCAUGUGAGCAUUUUCUUGAAAAUUACAGGAAACAUGCAUUAAACUAAACUACCUUGAGAGCUUGUCACAACAUUAAGCAGUCGUAUGGAUCUGUAAAUAUGCAUAGAAUUGAAAAAGAAAUCCCAAAAGAAAAUACAACUGUGUGUAAUCACUAUUUUUCAUGCAUCAGUACCAAAUACUGGUAACUUCAAUGAUGUCAAUAAAAUGAUUUGUAUGGUUAAGUUCAAACAAAAUGACAAAAUGUUUUGUAGAACAAGUCAAAAGGACAGGAGAUAAUAAGCCUCAUAUACAUGUACCUCCAAGAACCGUCACUAUUUGGAACAUGUCUGUAUCACAUUUAAAUGAACCACAAUAAACCUCUUCUGAGCUGAAACACA